AAACAUUGAGAAUUGUUCUAUCGCCCCAAGUGGGAAGUAGUGCAACUAUGCUGUCUGUGUUUAUUUUCCAUUUUCUGUGUUUUUCAAUCUAAUUUCUCGAGGAAAUCCAUCAAACUUGACCGCAAAAUGUGUACAAAUCAUUCUAAAUAGCUGGAAAUAGAUAAAUUUGAUCAAUUUCUAGUGUUAAAGAGGAUAUUUUUGAGAUGGAUGAUUCCAAAUUGGAGGACAUAGUGGCUUUCUUAACGGAUUUUCAGUGGAUUUUUAAGCAUUCCAAUACAAAAUUCAUUGAGGCUGGCAUUCUGGAUACUCUCCCUAAACACUGGGCUGAAAGUUUAUUAUGCCUCAGUCAUGCGGAUUUCAAUAACAUCCCCUUUGGGAAGAUUCCUGCCAGCUUAGAGAGAGAUUUGAAGGAUUUCCUUCAAAGAAUCUCAGACUUGACCAUCACUGUGCCAACGAUCAUUGUGGAGGAACGUCAUUUGAAGCCAAUCCGUGGGAUUAAUCCGAAGAAACUCCAAGAAAUCUCCAGACUUUCCCGCCAAAUUCAUGAAAUCUGCCAGGAGAGAGGGAUUACCUAUCUGGUUGAUUUGGGAAGUGGAUUGGGCUACUUGUGCCAGAUGCUAAACGAAAGAUUUGGGUAUAAAAUUUUGGGGAUUGAAUGUGAUGAGGAGAGGGUUAAAACAGCUCAAAAGCGUCAGGAAAAAUUCUUCCCAACUUCCACGGAGAGUGUAAAGUUCGUGAAGCAUUUUAUCAGUAUUUCCUCGUGGGAAUUUAUCGCAGAUGAGCUACAGAAAGCCUUCCAUGUGGAUCCAGCGACCACACCUGUUGCCUUGGUUGGCCUUCACGCGUGUGGGGAUCUCACAGUGACGUCAGUGAGGCUUUUUGAACGCACAGAGGUGAUUCAGGCUGCAAUUGUGAUGCCCUGUUGCUACCACAAAAUGUCCAUUGACCGGGGCAAACCCCUCAACUUCCCCCUCAGUGGGAGAUUGAUGGACAUUUUGGGGAAGAUCCCCGCGGGAGAUGGUAUCGUAUGUAGGCCCUUUCUGCGACUCGCGUGCCAACAGCCGGCAUCCAGGUGGAAGAGAAUGACGGAGGAGGAGCAUAAAAUUCAUGGGAAAAACAUGUUCCAGCGUGCUAUUCUCGAUGCUCUCACUGACGAAGGCCAAGAAGUUCAACGGAUGAAGAAAUGCGGCGAAAGAGUAACCAGCAGUGACGACUUUGUGGGUGCAAUUUGUGGCUUUGAAAUUCGAGACAGCAUCACCGGUAGCAUAAUACCGUGGAGCAGUGAACAUAGAUCAAAGUGGGAGAGUCUCUGUGAAAAGUAUCCGCGUGGUGGGGAGUUGGCGGAAUGCCUCACACUCCUCCAGACGACAAUUCAAGAAUUAUGUGAGAAUGUUAUCCUUCUUGACAGGAAGCUGGCUGUGGAGGAAGCUUCCAAAGGAUUUUCUUGUAGUUUAGUAAAAAUUCUCGAUGCCGACACAUCGCCCAGGUGUAUUGUUCUCAUUGCAACGAAGGCUUAAGUUUAAAUGGAAAUGGAGACAGUAGGACACGCAGCAAGACAAUGAUCAUUUGGUACUCUUAUACAUAUAUCUCAAAGUCCGGGUGCUCUUAAGAAAGUGCCAGAAGACUUGAGUUGAUAACAGCAAAUGUUUAAUUAACUCUUUCGCGACUGUGAGGUGUUCAAUUUCAAUUGAAUAAAAUUUAUUAUUAUUAAAAUUGAU